AUGAGGGGCCUGCAGUUGACCGCCGCCUCCGGAAAGGGGUCAGGAUUACCGGCGGAGGAUGCCGGCGAGGAGGAUAGGUUGCUGAGCUCGACCGACGAGGAAAGUUCCGGGCAUUUGCGGAGGAUGCAGGUGCGAGUGACGGGGAUGACGUGUGCGGCCUGCUCGAAUUCCGUGGAAUCGGCUCUCAUGAGCUUGGACGGCGUCGUUAGAGUCUCCGUCGCCUUGCUUCAGAACAGGGCUGAUGUCAGCUUCGAUCACGCCUUAGUAAAGGAUGAAGACAUUAUAAAUGCAAUAGAAGAUGCUGGAUUUGAGGCAGAAAUUAUACCCGAGCCGAGCACAUCUCAGUCUAAGCCGCACAGGACCUUAAUUGGUCAGUUCACAAUUGGUGGAAUGACAUGUGCUGCGUGUGUAAAUUCUGUAGAAGGGAUCCUAUGGAAGCUACCUGGCGUGGAAAAAGCUGUAGUUGCCUUGGCUACAUCAUUUGGAGAGGUUGAGUACAAUCCAACCAUUAUCAGUAAGGAGGAUAUAAUUAAUGCAAUCGAAGAUGCUGGUUUUGAAGCUUCAUUUGUACAGAGUAAUGAGCAGGAUAAAAUUGUGGUUGGGGUUUCUGGGAUUGUAAGUGAAAUGGAUGUACAGGUGUUAGAAGGAAAACUUGGCAACUUAAAGGGUGUGAAGCAAUUUAAAUUUGAUCGAAGAUCUAGAGAGUUGGAAAUUCAUUUUGAUCCAGAGCUCCUCAGUCCGAGAACGAUUGUUGAUGAGCUUGAAAGUACCAGUUGUGGAAAAAUGAAGUUACAUGUAAAAAACCCUUAUUCUAGAAUGUCUUCUAAGGAUCUGGAAGAGUCUUCACACAUGUUUCGGCUUUUUACAGCGAGCUUGCUUAUCUGCGUUCCUGUCAUGUUCAUGCAGGUCAUCUGUCCUCACAUACCCCUGUUAUAUUCUUUACUACUUAGGCGUUGUGGUCCAUUUCAAAUGGGUGAUUGGCUGAAAUGGGCUUUAGUCACAGUUGUGCAAUUCGUUAUAGGCAAGCGCUUCUAUGUUGCAGCUGGCAGAGCACUCAGAAAUGGUUCGACAAACAUGGAUGUCCUUGUUGCAUUGGGAACAUCAGCAUCAUACUUUUACUCUGUAUGCGCAUUACUAUACGGUGCCAUGACUGGGUUCUGGUCCCCGACUUACUUUGAAGCAAGUGCAAUGCUAAUUACAUUUGUACUUUUUGGAAAGUAUUUGGAAAGUCUUGCAAAAGGAAAGACGUCUGAUGCUAUCAAAAAGCUAGUGGAGCUUGCUCCUGCUACUGCUAUACUGCUUAUCAAAGACAAAGGUGGGAAAAUCGUAGGAGAGAGAGAAAUUGAUGCUUUAUUGAUUCAGCCUGGUGAUACAUUAAAAGUACUCCCUGGGACAAAGGUUCCUGCCGAUGGUUCAGUUGUAUGGGGUUCAAGUUAUGUAAACGAGAGUAUGGUUACUGGUGAAUCUGCUCCGGUUCUGAAAGAAGUCAAUUCUUCAGUUAUCGGAGGUACAAUCAACUUGCAUGGUGCGCUUCACGUACAAGCCAACAAAGUAGGCUCUAACACAGUUUUAAGCCAAAUCAUCUCGCUGGUUGAGACGGCCCAGAUGUCUAAAGCUCCCAUUCAAAAAUUUGCGGACUUUAUUGCAAGCGUUUUUGUCCCUGUUGUAGUAAGUUUGUCAUUGUUGACCUUGUUUGGAUGGUAUCUUGCUGGGGUUUUCGGAGGCUACCCUGUGGAGUGGCUGCCUCAGAAUAGCAAUUAUUUUGUUUUCUCCCUCAUGUUUGCAAUUUCAGUUGUGGUGAUUGCAUGUCCAUGUGCACUUGGAUUGGCCACUCCAACAGCUGUCAUGGUUGCAACAGGGGUUGGAGCUAACAAUGGCGUGCUUAUAAAAGGAGGAGAUGCUUUGGAGAAGGCACAAAAGGUCAAUUACGUCAUAUUUGAUAAGACUGGAACAUUAACCCAGGGGAAGGCCACGGUAGCCGCAGCAAAAGUUUUUUCAGGCAUGGAUCGUGGUGAUUUUCUUACUUUAGUGGCUUCGGCAGAGGCUAGUAGUGAGCACCCUCUGGCCAAAGCAAUACUCGAAUAUGCUCGUCAUUUCCAUUUCUUUGGUGAACCUGCUGCUACUAACUCCUUCGGAUGGCUUCUUGACGUCUCAGACUUUUGUGCUUUGCCUGGACAAGGCGUGCAGUGCUUUAUAGGCGGCAAAAAGAUCUUGGUUGGUAACAGGAAGCUGAUGAUGGAAAAUCGUGUUGCUAUAUCGGACCAUGUUGAGGAUUUUGUUGUAGAGUUGGAAGAAAGUGCCAAGACUGGAAUACUUGUGGCCUACGAUAAUGACAUUAUUGGUGUUAUAGGUGUUGCAGAUCCAUUAAAGAGAGAGGCUCCUGUUGUUAUCGAGGGCCUCAAGAAAAUGGGUGUGAAACCAGUUAUGGUUACUGGCGAUAAUUGGCGAACAGCCAGAGCUGUUGCAAAGGAGGUCGGCAUCACGGACGUUCGGGCAGAGGUGAUGCCCUCGGGAAAAGCCGAUGUAAUCCGCUCGUUCCAAAAAAACGGGAGCGUGGUUGCAAUGGUGGGGGACGGAAUCAACGACUCCCCUGCGCUGGCGGCAGCCAAUGUCGGAAUGGCCAUCGGGGCCGGGACUGACAUUGCAAUCGAGGCUGCCGAUUACGUGCUCAUGAGGAGCAGCUUGGAGGAUGUGAUAACUGCAAUCGAUCUCUCGAGAAAGACAUUUUCACGUAUCAGGUUGAAUUACGUGUUUGCGAGCGCUUAUAACGUGGUGGCUAUACCGGUGGCUGCCGGAGUUUUUUUCCCGUGGCUGAGAAUAAAACUGCCGCCGUGGGUGGCCGGAGCUUGCAUGGCGCUAUCGAUCAUGGCAUGGGCAUUGUUUGUACCAAAUGUAAAUGUAAUAUGUUGUAUUGUGUAG